CUUUUCUACCCAUCCUGAAAACGGCCCAACAAGGAGCUAGAUACUUGAGUACUCGAUGGAUCGGUGGGAUCCCCUUCCCUUCGGGGUCUAUGAUUUCAAAAAUAAGAAGUACCUGUCUAAUGAUCCUCCCAGAACAACCCAAGCCGAUAUCAGCGGAGAUUUCAGCGGGAAUUCAGGGAGUCGCAAUGUUUCCGGCAGCCAUAAUAAUAAUAAUCGCAUCAACACGGGAAACUUGAACAACUUUACUAAUAAUGGGCAGGUGUAUCACCAAUAUGUGUUUGGAGCGGGGGAAAGAGGUAUUAUCACCUUUCCCGAAAGGUUUCUGGCAAAGGUCUAAUGCGCGAUUAAAAGUAGAACAAGCAUCCAGGCCUUAUCGGAUAAUCCCCUAUUGCAGAAACCGCAAGUUCACAGGUCGUGAGGAUCUCAUCGAGUCGAUAAAGAGGCUUUCCGAGCGUGGCGGGCAGAACCGAAUCGCACUUCAUGGAUUGGGCGGUUCUGGGUAUGUAUUCAUGAUCGCUAUUUUAGGAGUUCACUAACAUCGCUUAGAAAAACCCAGAUUGCCCUGGAAUACCUCUAUCGGUGCGCAAGUGAGAGCGAUUGUGAUAUUUUCUGGGUGCACGGGAGUGGGCUACCAAAAUUUAGCCAGGGCUUUAGAGCUAUUGCACAACAUGUCCGAAUUCCACUAGCCAGCACCGAGAUGGACGAAGAGGGAUUCCUAUUGGAUAUAAAGAGAUGGUUUGACGGCCCAGACAGUGGGGAUUGGAUAUUGGUGAUUGACAAUGCCGACAACGAGGAGGGCUUUAUUGGCAACAGCGGUCCCAUCUCCAAAUUUGUACCACAGGGGCUUCGGGGCACCCUAAUAUUCACAACUAGAUCACUCCAGGUUGCAUCUUGGCAGGGCUGCGAAAGGGUCGAUGUCGGAAAAAUGGAAGAGGAUGAAGCACGAGCAUUGUUUUUGAAACGUUUGGGUAGCUGGAACAGUUCAAGAGAUGGACAAAAAGAGGCGAUCACAAUGAUCCUGAAGUCCAUACAUCACAUCCCGCUGGUUAUCAUAGGAGCGACGGCCUUCAUGACUGAAACCCAGACACGGCCGUCCGCUUACUGGACCAUUUUCCGGGGAAGCGACGAACACUCCAAGAGACUCCUUUCACAACCGUUUUGGGAUAUCCAACGAGAGUUUGAUAUGACCGAAGGCAUCCUAGCUACGUACUUUAUCACCUUUGACCGAAUCGCGAGGCAGAUCCCCCUAGCGGCGGAUCUCAUGCGUCUAAUUGCGUUCUUCGAUCGUCAGAACAUACCCGGAGAGCUCAUUAGCCAAAGCGGUUUGAAAGGGAUAGACGAUCCAAUUCACUUUCGUCAGGCCAUCGGAAAACUACUGGGAUUUUCGCUAGUUACGGCAGUCGAACGUGGAGAUCAGACAUUUUACGAGCUUCAUCGAUUGGUGCAACUGUCUUUACAGGUAUAUUUAUCAACCGAAGAGUUGAAUCGGUGGAGGGUCACUGCGCUGAGAGUGGUUUCAAGGUUGUUCCCUCACCGUUGGACUACGUGGAGAAAUGUUAGUUCUGCAUACAUUCCACAUGUGCUUGCAGUAACGAAACAUUCAACGGAUCCCAUUGCCGAAGAGCUUUCCUUUCGCCUGGGACGGUACUUUCUUGAUAUGGGUUCCUACAAUGACGCAGGAACUCAAUUGCGUCGAUGUAUUGAACUACGGAAAGAGAGUAAAGAGUAUGACAGUAACGGGGAGGGUCACAGGAGAGUUCUAUUCCUAGGCUCGAUAAGCAUACAUCAAGGAAAGGCAAAGGAGGCCGAGAACAUACUGCGGGGUUUAUUAUAGGAUAUUGGGAAAUCAUUGGGCCCAAAUCAUCUAAUCGCUCAGGACACCAUCCGUUGCCUGGCUACGGCGCUACGUGACCAAGGAAGGUACAACGAAUCAGAGAUGCUAAUUCGGCGUGAGCUGGAGGGGCGCGAGAUGAUUCGUGGACCGGACCACCCAGAAACCCUAGCAAGUAUCAACAACCUGGCUCUUACACUGCAAUACCAAGGAAAGUAUGAUGAAUCAGAGACGAUGAAUCGCCGGGCACUGGAGGGGCGGGAGAGGACUCUUGGGCCAGACCACCGAGACACCCUAACAAGUGUCAACAACCUGGCUAUGGUGAUGAGAUUGCAAGGAAGG